AAAAACUGAAUCAAGUGUAAAGAAAUCUGGUGAUAAAGAAAACUGUGAUAAUAAUUCUCAUGUUAUUCCAGCAUGCAAAGUUAAAGCAAUUGAUUCUCGAGAACAAUUAUUAAGACUUAAAUAUGAUUUGCGUAAUGAUUCUAAUGAAAAAGAUUCUCAAUUUCGUAAAGAAAAAAAUAAAUCAGAACUUAGAUUAACUGAAUAUAAAUAUUGGGAAGAUAUUAUAAAAUACGUAAUUGAUAAAGUAGACGAAAUUAUUAAUAACCAUUUUUUUACUAUAUUACUUCAAGUUGCAUUAUAUUUUUAUUUUAUUUUAAAUAAUAAAAUUGAUAUUGGAGGACUUUAUGUAUAUGCUG